AGGUCAUCUACUCCAAAGCCAACACAACCUAGCUCGGGAUCUUCCUUGUUGUCGACCUUAUUGAGGACUGACAAGUUUCUCAUUUUCCCACUUACCCCUUUUAUUUAUCGUAUAAGAGGCACGACCAGCAACAUGCCUCAGCUCUCUGCCUCGAUGCCCCCAGUGCCUCAGAUCAUCAUAACACCAGCCAGCGAUGAUCGUGAUGCGCCAUCCAGUCAGUCGGAAUUUGUUGCCCUGAUCCCAGCCACCAACAGAUCAGUCUACAAGACCAUCAGCAAGGAAGACGGUCAUCUCUUCCGACCAAGUUCCGACAUCUCUCAGGACCCCUUCCGCCAUGCUCACCCCAGCUCGCCGGCUCAAGCAUGCAGUAUCCAGAACUGUGAAUAUUGUGCUCUCUGCACAAUAUUCAAUCUUGACCCUCAUGCUGUACAAGCCACCUGGGUAGUGGAGGGCACCUCGUCCAAGAGAUGGGAUCCAUACUUCCACUGGAUCAUGAAUGAGCAGAUCCCACGACUUGACCCCAACCAUCUGGGAAGCCGGAAUUGGAGUAACUGCUGGAUCGAAGGUUGCGCCUGCCGCGUGGCUUCAACCAGCGACAACACCACGCAGCAGCCCAGCGAGCCCAGUGCAGAGUCGCCCACCUGUCCGUGCGGACGCCUCAGGGACACACAAAAGACACCGUGCAACUGCAGCACCGACGGCGCCCAGUACGUCUACUACAUCAACACGAGCACCCGGGACGGCAACCCGUACUUCCCCUACCAGAUAUGCCCGCGCUACAGCCAGGGCCGGCUCAGCCACCUCAACCACAGGAUGGCCUGUUCCACGUGCACGCUCAUGGACAGGUGUAUCAGAGGGAAGGGCGCGACGCUCGAAAGCGUCCACCUCACAGCCGGGGACAGGAAGCACAAUGAGCUUUUGCGUCGCCGCAUAGCUUUUGCGCUGAGCCCGCUGUCAGGGCGGGAUCCAGAGGCCCGUAAGGCCGAAUGGACGUUGGAGGAGGACUGGAAGGAUAUGUUCUUCAACUUAGGGCCGAGAAGAGUGCGCUUCGAGGAGCGCAGCACAGGUCGUCCGGGUGCGGCGAGGGCUACAAAUUGGAAUCGUCCCAGAGCUUUAUCUCCGUAUCCUAGAGGGUUGGAGUCACUGUCUGAGGGUUUGGGCUUCGGUCCGUACGACGGCGAGACCACGAGCCGUUUGCUCCUGGGAGGGACCACGGUCGACUCCAAAAGACACAUGUCAUCGCGCGGCCAGACACGGGUCACCGAGAGCCAUAGAAAGGUUAGGGCGCUCUGCUCUUCCAACUCUGGGUACGACCAAAACACAAUUGGACGCAAAAGCCUUGGCUCGUCCAUCACCGAUGUCCGACUUUUUGCUGCGACGGCCUCACAGGCUUUCUCAACGAAUAGAGUCGCUUCCGGAAACACCAUGCCAACAGCCCCUGUUUCGGGACUGGCCCUCGAGAGAGCUCUGUCGAGGCUAUUACCAUCGCAAGGCUCGGGGGAGGCAGAUACUACGCAAGACACCCCCGCAGGAUCUUCGUCCACCCCGACGAGACCGUCGGCCCGGACAUCUCGCAGUGUUGGUGCCAAUGAGGAUGGCGAUAGACAAGAGGCAUUUGAGCGGUACCUGCACCAGCUGGACCCUGACUGGAAUGUGCCCAAACGCCGGCCAGUAAAAUUGCAGCACAUCUCGUUCUGGAAGAAGAUAAAGAUCAUAUGUGGAUUUUCUAAGGAUCCUAAUAACUGCGAGAUCUGCUGGUGUUGUAAGACGGCGUGUGAGUGCUGA